GUUUUAUGCCGAUUAUGUUAUGAUUGUGAUUUGCGGCAUGUUUUGUUUUCGUUUCUUGCAUUACGUCCAUUCCCAGUAAUGAUUCGGCAAUAAUUAAUAGAGUGCGUGAAAGUCACGAGAGUCGCCCAAAAGUGAAAGUCACUAAAAUCAAGCAUUGCUUUCAUUCGCUAAGAAAAUGUGUCGGCUUGCAGCUGUGCAAGUCUGUUUCCUUGCGCUGAUUGGUUUAAGUUCGGCGCAUAAAAACGUACUUUUUUUACUGGCGGACGAUGGAGGAUUCGAAAUGGGAGCCUACCGGAAUCGCAUCGUCCAGACGGCGGCUUUGGAUGCGUUGGCGAAGGAAAGUUUAAUUUUCAACAACGCCUACGCAUCGGUGAGUAGCUGCUCGCCUUCGAGAGCUUCCAUCCUAACUGGAAUGCCGGAACAUCAGAAUGGAAUGUACGGCCUGCACAAUGGAGUUCACAAUUUCGAUGCACUGAAGGAUGCCAAAAGUAUUUCCGGUAUUCUCAGCACAGCAGGAGUACACACCGGAUUGAUCGGGAAGAAACAUGUUGGACCGGGCGAUGUUUUUAAGUUUGAUUACGAACAAACCGAGGAACAGCAUUCGAUCAAUCAAGUGGGACGGAAUAUUACAAAUAUAAAGUUGCUCACCAGGGAAUUUCUUCUCGAAAGUAAGAAAAUGGAUAAGCCGUUCUUUUUAAUGGUUUCGUUCCACGAUCCACAUCGGUGUGGACACAUUACUCCUCAGUAUGGACCUUUCUGUGAGCGCUGGGGAUCCGGAGAGGAAGGCAUGGGUUUGAUUCCAGAUUGGCAUCCAAUCUACUACGUUUGGGAUGAACUGCAACUGCCAUACUACAUUCCGGACACGGAACCUGCUCGACGGGAUGUUGCUGCCCAGUACACAACUAUUUCUCGUCUAGACCAAGGUGUCGGAUUGGUUUUGCAGGAACUGAAAGAUGCCGGUUUUGACCAAGACACUCUGGUUGUUUAUACUUCGGACAAUGGUCCUCCCUUGCCAGCAGCCAGAACUAAUCUGUAUGACCCGGGAAUGGCGGAGCCAAUGUUCAUACGAUCUCCGGACCCGAAUAGCCGCAAGAACCAGGUGACCUAUUCUAUGACUAGCCACCUCGACUUGGUUCCUACAUUUUUGGAAUGGUAUAACAUUUCCUAUCCGGAACCUGAUCCAAGCGAAAGCAAUCGCAUCGAUAAAAUAUCGGAAAAAUCAACCCUGACUGGAAAAUCGCUUCUACCUCUGCUGUAUGCGGAACCUCCGGCCGAUCCGGAUCAGGCCGUCUUCGCAUCGCAAUCCUUCCACGAGAUCACCAUGGCCUAUCCGAUGAGAGCAAUCCGCACCAAGCGCUUCAAACUGAUCCACAAUCUUAACCAUCAGCUUCCGUUUCCCAUCGACCAGGACUUUUAUGUGUCCCCGACCUUCCAGGACAUGCUGAACCGUUCUCUCGCCAAGCAGGAUCUUCGUUGGUACAAAACGCUUACCGAAUACUACAACCGGCCCGAGUGGGAGCUGUUCGAUUUGAAACUGGAUCCCACCGAGCGAAGAAAUCUUGCCGGAAAAGUGGUUACCAAGGAGAUAUUUGAAAAGCUGAGGGCUAGACUACAGAAAUGGCAAACCGCUACGAAUGACCCGUUCCGUUGCUUGCCGGGUGGUGUGCUGCUGGAUACCGGCGAGUAUCUCAACAAUGCAACCUGUUUAACGCUGGGACAGUGAUGGCAGAUGAAUUAAUGUUUUUAUUUUUGUCCGAGAAAAUACUCAUUGUUUUAUGCAAUGCAUGAUUAGUUUUUAGGUGUUGGAAUCUCUGAAAGUUUUGUUGUAUUUAAUAUAGCUGAGUUUAUUCUAGUUGUAAAAGGAAUUUGAUCAAAAUUUUGCAAUUUAUUGAGUCAUUUUAAGUAAACAUUAAACGCCACUGUUUGGCUGUGUCGAUUUUCUUUCUACUGAUAUAUGAUAAAACU